AUUAAAAUAGUGGUGAUAAUUAACAGUUUGGGAAUUUAUAUUCUAUGUUGUCAAAGCUUUUCCAACUGAUUAUUGUGGAAAUGAAUAGUGCAAUUCUGUCCCCUUUCAUCCUUAUAUCAAAGGAGUCUGGAUGAUUGCACCAUUGUUUAGCAUAGUUCUUGGAUUUCUGGUUUAUCCAGAUUAAAAAACAUAAUUACUGUCUUAGAACUAUGUAAGAUCGAGAUAUGGAAAACCUAUAAACAUGAAGAAUCAAAGAACUCCUAAAUACAUUCUUGCCUGAGUGUAAUAUUGCAGCUUGAUAAGGGAUUGCAUCCAUUACAUAAUGCACAGAUGAAAUGAUUAUCAUCAAAUGAAUGCAUAAAGCUGAUCACAUUCAUUAUUUAUUUAAUGGAGAAUGUGUUAGUGAAUGUCCUGAUGGUUACUUUGCUAAUCAAUAUCAUCAUUGUCAGCUUUGUCAUAUAACUUGUUUAAAAUGUAUUGGUCAUGAAAUGGGACAAUGCCAAGCUUGCAUACAAGGAUAUGUUUUGCAUGGUGGUAAUUGUUUGCCUGAUUGCCCAAAAGGUGGAGAAAUUCAGUGUGUUAAAAUGCAAUUAAGAUUUGAAUGAAACAUUCUCUGGAAAAGACAAAGACAUCAUUGCCAAUGGAAUAGAUCCAUACAGAAUGCAAAUUGCUGAUAAAAAGAAGAAACAGGAAUGUCUAA